UCACCCCCCCCCCCCCUCUGGGAUGACACACGUCACAUGCAUUCGGUAGCUCGGAGGUUCGGGCUCCUGCGAUGACAAAGACCCCUCAAGGUAUGGUGGUGACCCAGGCUGCCGCUUCGUGCUUUCAACAGCUGCCUACCAGGGGGAAACCCUCCCAAUCGGGAUUGGGAGGAUGUGUGUCAACUGCGACUGUCUCGCUGCCCUGUCUACGUGAUUUGCAAACGUGGAGACCUUUUAUUUGAGUCAGUUCAUCUAAUUGCAUCGGGAUUCGAACGGAGGUCGGUCUUUCAUCAGUUGAUGGGUGGAGCAACUGAGCUAGGCCCCUUCGAGACCUCUAAGUGCUUGACUCAAAGGUGGACUCAAAGGGGCUCCAGGGGAGGGGAGGGUGGGAGGAAGGGGGGGGAGGGGGAUGCUCCUUUACGUAGAGGGUUCCUACUGUGCUCACAAAAACGUCAACACCUUUGAGAGGUUAGCAGAGGGGGUGAGGGUGGCUCCAGGGUGGGGGGAGGAGGGUGGAGGGGGGAGAGUUGGGGGGUGUAACCCUUGCUAAGGGUUCAGCAAUACCCCCUCCUAUCUAGGGAAAACCCGGUGCAGCUGGAGCAUUGCUUCACUACUGGGACUUGAAAACCUUGGGACCUUUGUCUGCUUGGUCCAGGAGGUGGGAGGGAGGCGUUUGGGUCCCCCGUUCGUCUCUUGUCUUGAUCUUCGUAGUUUACGGCGGCGGCCAUGCCUAGCAUCUGCGGCUGCCCCACUCCUAGUAAGCUAGCCAACUAUGGCAGCCUUAAGUUGUGUGAGGCCCCCACAUGCCUUAAGUUCUCUGUGGUCCCCACACGGAUGAGGUUAUCGGAUCUUCUCCAGAGAGGGAGGAGGAAAAAGACACCAAGGCUCCUUAGCUGUAGACCUGGCUCCAGCUUUGGUGGCCUUGGCAAUUUUAUGGAUGGGGCAGGUGUUGAUUUGUAUGCCCCUGCAUGUACCUUGCAAGAUUUCCUGGCUAGGGGAAGGCUCUCCUCGUGGCGGACCCAACGAUUGGAAGAAAGUAGAGUCGGAUAUAGCAACACCAUGUUUUGGUUGUUUUCCUGCGGGCGUGGACUGUCGAAAGGUGUGACAGCUCAAGCUCGAGAGAAUUCACAGACUGCCACUCCGUCCUCCGACAGCCUGCCGUUUGGUGGUCCCGCAGGGCAUGCCGAAGCCCUGGAUAAGCUCAAGCGUAAACUAGACGUUGAGAAUCCCGAACUACCGGUCGGGACGUAUGGACGAGAUGAUGAUGAAUUGCUGACCUGGUUUCUCCGGGACCGUAGAUAUGACGUCAGUGAAGCGGCUUUCAAACUUGUCAGAAUGCUCAGAUGGCGUCAAGAAUUUGGAGUGACAAAUGUCACACAAGAGUCUGUCGCACGGAUAGCUGCGACCGGAAAGGCCUACCUCCACGACCAGCUUGACCUUGUCGGCCGACCUGUACUUGUCGUCCGCGUAGCCCGACACCUUCCUAAUCCGGAAGACAUCGAAGAUAGUCAGAGGCUUUGUGUUUUCCUAAUCGAGAAAGCAAUCACCAUGCUGCCAAGUGGACAAGAGAACAUUCUGGGUAUCUUUGACCUUCGGGGGUUCAGAAGUAGGAAUGCCGACCUCUCGUUCAUACAGUUUAUUAUUGAUGUCUUUUUCUACUACUAUCCUAGAAGAUUAGGAGAAGUUUUGUUUGUGGAUGCACCGCCUAUCUUCAUCCCUAUUUGGAAGGUCUUCAAGCCAUUGCUGAGAUCUUAUGCUGACCUAGUCCGCUUCUGUUCGUCCAAGGAGCUUGGAGAACAAUACUUCUCUCCCGGAACGGUACCAAAGGAUUUUGCAACCGACGAAAACAGUGGGACAAUUUCCGAGCUCUAAUCCCAUUCGCAUGUGUGUAUACAUCAACACAGAAGGCUGUCUCUCAAUGAAUCCGAGCGACAAAAUAUAGACUACUGCAAAGACCUGCACAUUUGCGUAUACUUUUCUGCGAAAAUGAUGUCUUUUCGACGUGAUUGCCGAGAACUCCGAGUCCGAGUCUCUUUGCUGUGUUGUGUUUUCUAAGUAUGUGUGUGACCUAGCAUGUAUGUAUGCUGUGUGUUGUGUGCUUGCCUGCUGAAGUUCUGGGUGCAAGCCCAAGUGCGUGUGCUAACCCUGUUGCCCGUGAUGUGUGUGUGUGUGUCAUGGACAGGGAUGGGAUAGAAAUAGGGGUAGGAAGCUCCAGGGAUAGUGUUACAUGAUGCGCCUGCACACGGGACCCAUUUCAGGGGGCCGACAGUUGCUGAGGGGGCCCCAGGCCGCGUGCCCUUCAGACGAGCGCACUGGAGGCCCACGGCGGCCCGUAGGCCGCAGGUAUGGAUUUUUGUGACAGCAUUUGUUUAUUUAUUUAUUUAUUUGUUAGCUGUCCUAUUUUUGUCUGUUCAGACAUUGUUUCGGACUUGCAGUCCCCAAGGCCGUGCCUUGGGCCGGGGACACCAGGAGGCAGGGUCUUCUUGGCCAUGUGCAGGGUCUGGAUGUCCGGUCGGGACCCAGACCUGAGAGGCCCACGUUUUUGGGCAUGGCCAGAGGCACACGGAGACAAAUCGGCCGGCCCAGCGCUGUAUAUAGCUGGGCCACGGCCAGGGCAGACACACAGUUUGAGUAGCUCACUUCUUGGGCGACACGCUGCUGGAGCAGCGCUGGGACUACAGCGCUACGCACAGAUAGACGUAGAGGUGUAGGUAGGCAGAGGGGCGGAGGUCAUACCUGCAGCGGCAGACUUACCUGGCGCCAUAGCUGGGGCUCCUCGCGGCAACCUGCACAUGAUGACGACAACGACGGUCAGUCCAGCGGCGGUUCCCUGCAGGUGAGACCGAGAGGAGGAUGACAUCUUCUUCUUCGUCUUCGUCUCCAUCUCUCCUCCCUCCUACCUUCUUCUUCUUCUUCUUCUUCUUCUUCUUCUUCUUCUUCUUCAGAGAGAGAUUACAGGCAGAGGUUACAUCGGGCAUUUGGCCCAGGAUCUGAUCCGACAUUUCUGUGGCAGACAUUGAUUGGACACUCGGCAAGGACUGUUUUUUGGGCUUUGCUAUCGCGAUCUUGGUCUUCUCCCUCGCCUCCAUCUUCGUCUCGCCUCUUCCCCCAUCUCUCAUCCGGGGUAUCUUCCCCAUGUGUGUGUGCAAGGAGGGACCUUUCUUCUGUGUAUGCGGUCCCUCCUCCCUUUCUCACAUGUGUGUUGUAUGAUGGGAUGUCGCGUCAGUACCAGGCAGGUCAGGUCAUAUCUUUGAGUCUUCCAUUGCGCAACUUUGUGCUAUUUGUUGAUGCUUGGCUGACAUUGCAUUGUCCAUUCUAGCCCUUUUCAUCACUCUGCGGAUCCUUGGCUCCAUGUGCAUUGCCCAACUGGGCAUGUAUCAGAUAGCCUAGGUGGAAAGUUAGGGAUGAUGUAGAAAUAGGGUAGGAAGUACUAGGGAUAGGAAGCAAAGUUAGCCAUAGGGAGGUACUGAGGUUAGAGGGAUGGCCAGGGACAUAAGUAGAAUUUGUUGGGGACCCAGUAGGGGUAGUCAAGUAAGUCGAAUAGGGCUAGAUCG